AUGGAUGUUGGUAUUGUAAAAUUAGAUGAUAUUGUUAGAAAUAGUGUAACUAAAUUGUAUUGUGCUUUUAUAGGCAAGAUUAUAAAGGUUCAAAACAAGAACAAUCCAUGGUAUGAAAUAUGUAAUGGGUACGGUGCAAGAGUUUACCUAGAGGUGGAUAAAAAAACUGUCGCAUGUACAAGACGUGAAAUUAAGGACAUAGCUUUUACUAGAAAAUAUUUGCUCAGGUUAAUAGUUUCAGAUGGUAAUCAAGAAGUUCAUGUCAUAGUCUAUGAUACUGUUGAAUCUUUCAUAAGAUGUAUAGUAAUCGAAUAUGUUGAGGCUCUUUUCAAGACCAACAAAAAGGAAUUGUGUGAAUAUUACAAGAAGCUUAUGUUGUCAGAAGAUAAAGAGCUCAAAUUCUUGGUGAAGAUGGAUGUGAAGAAAAGAGAAGAAAAAACACGGAAGAAAUUGAUUGUCGAAGAAGUUUACAAGGUGGAUGCAAAGGACAUAAAUGAAGGAAGCCAUCCAAACAAGAAACUAAAAAUAGAAAAUUGA